AUGAUUCGGUAUUUAUCGAUCGAUGAUUACAUUAAUCUUGGUGAUUUAUGCCAAAUACUUAAAAGUUCUUCUCAAUUAAAUACAAUUAUUCUAAAACGUGGUAUUACUUUUAAUAAUCUUGCUAGUCUAUCAGCAACUAACCAGUCUGCUUUUCACCAAUUACGAUCUCUAUCGAUUCAACAGUCUCUAGUGAAGAUCGAUGAGCUUGAGUUGUUUCUUUCAUUAACAUCUUCGUUGAAUUAUUUGCAACUUAUUUCUGAACAAUUGCAUCAUUUAUCUGAUGGUUAUCGUUUAUAUACUACACCGAUAUGCGUAAAUGCGUUCGAAUAUAAUCCAAAAUUGAAACAACUGCCUUCAUCUGCUCUGACUAUGAUGACAGAAGACAACGUAGUUGAAACAGUGAGGUUAUCAACAGAUGACUUCGAUAAUUUAGGAGAACAAAAAAUAAUCACAAAUUAUUCACGUUUUAUGAAAGCAACUCAUCUAGCAAUUGAUAUAUUACAACAUCUUGAUUCAUUAUUAUGGUCAUCAAUAAAUUCAAUGGUUGAUAUUGCAAGAAUAGUGCAAAUUACAUUAUAUUUGUAUUGUGUUGAAGUAUUGGUUGACGAGGGAUUGAAAGAUAUUCAUUUCUGUCUCAUAAAAGCACAUAAUCUCAGAUCAUUAAUUGUUAUUAGCAAAUAUAUGAGAUUUAAAGGAACGCCAUAUUCGAAUGCCAUAUUAUCAAUACUUCCACAUCGAUUGAAACAUUUACAAAUUGAAAUUGAUAAUUUAGACGACGUGGAAGUUAUUCUAAAGCGUUGUAAUAACUUAUCAACAGUCAGAUUUGAUUGUAGAAGUCAUCUAAUGAAAAAAAAAACCAAGGAAUGGUUUGUUGAUAAUACAAUCAAUACAAUUUGUUGGGAAAAUAAUCGCCUUUUAACUGUAUGGCUCGGAAAGAUCAGAAAUCAAUCAAGAGAUAAUAUAAAUGAGAGCUAA